AUGGCUUCAGGGCUUGCACGCAAAUAUGAUAUCAACGCCGACAUGGGCGAGGGCUUCGGCCCAUGGAAGAUGGGCCCGGACGAAGAGUUGAUGUCUUAUAUCGAUGCCGCUAACAUUGCCUGCGGAUUCCACGCCGGCGACCCAGCCAUCAUGCUCAAGACCGUCCGCUUGUGCAAAAGGCACAACGUCAAGGCCGGAGCCCACCCCGGGCUUCAGGACAUGCUCGGCUUUGGCCGCAGGAAAAUGGAGAUCGACCCCAACGAUGUGUACGCCAUGGUCUUGUAUCAGGUAGGCGCCCUCAAGGCCAUAUUGGACUCUGAAGGUGUCGAGCUGUCCCACAUCAAACCGCAUGGCGAGCUCUUCUUCUAUAUGCAGAGGGACGAGCUCAUCAUGAGAGCCGUCUUAGAGGCCUGCGCCACCUUCGGAAGCAACGUCCCCGUCUACGCCUCUCAAAACCCUGCCCAGGAAGCCAUGUGUAAGGAGCUGGGCAUCCCCUUCCAGGGGGAAGUGUACGUCGACAUCGACUACUCUCCCGACGGCCGGCUCGUACCGGUGGCACAGUCCAAAGUGGCUACCCCCGAGUUGUGCUACGAAAGAGCACUCUCUGCGUUGCUCGAUGAUUCGGGCAAAGACAAUAACAACCGUGUAUUCAGCUUCGGGUUCCAGGGCAAGCCCUUCAGCAUCUGCGUUCAUUCCGACCAUCCGACAGUACUUCAGAACGUGACAGGGGUGCGCAAGGCGGUGGAUGAGGCGAACAAGCAACGGUUUCCUUUCGAAUCAACAUGA